GGUUUGAAGCGAGCUGAGCCGCCAGCCGGGACUCUGCCGGGGGACCCGCGUUCCUUUCCUCUUCUCCCUCCUUCUCCCCACCGCCUCGAGCUCCACCGUCUUCAUCGCAGAGUAUGAUAUGGCGUCUUCAGACCUGGAAGAUUUAAUCUCUCACUUCAACUUGAAGAUUUCAAAUGUAAAAAAGACUCUUCAAUUAAGAAGUAUAGGCCAAGAACCAUCCCUCAAACUGGUGCUCUACAAAAUAGGACAAGAGGUAGUUCUCCUGCACGAUCUCCUGAACAAAAUGGAAACAGAAGUUCAACAGCAAGAAAGACUGAAAAAUAGGCUGAAAGACCUCCAGCAGUCUGCUGAGAGAGAUCAGAUUGAAGCACAGCGCCUCCGUGAAAACAUUCCUCCCCAUCUGCCUAAACCAACUCAGAGCUGCAUCACUUGGCCAACUGUGAAACAUGGAGAAGAAACAAAAGUUGCAGAACGUGAUCAUGCAAAGAAGCCUAUGAAAGAGACAAUACCGAUUAAAGAAGCAGCCUUUAUAACUACAGAAGAAUUUCAAAGUGUUCCUGCGUAUAUGAAAGGCCGUUUAACAUACCAUCAGAUUAAUGCAGUUAUUCAAGAGAUAAACAAGGCUGUGGUGGGCAAGUACAAGAUUCUGCAACAACCUGUGAAGUCUAUGAAUGCAGCAGUCAGAAGUCUCUACCUCAGGUUCCUUAAAGAAGAAACUAAGGAUACAAAAGGUGAGUUUUUUGUUGUGGAAGCUGACAUCAAAGAGUUCACACAGCUGAAGAUGGAUAAGAGGUUACACAGCAUCUUCAGCAUCCUGCGCCACUGCCGGAGACUGAGACAAGUCCGUGACUCGAAGCUUGUCCGAUACAUCAUCUGCUAAUGAGCUUCCCAUGUUCUGCUUACACGAGGGCAGGAGUGUUUUGAGAUGCAGAGAGAUUCUCUGUGGGAAUUCAACUUGAGCACCUAGAGAUGCUUUUCAGACACUUGUCCCUUACUUAGAAGUGGCACUAUCAAGUGGCCUUGAAGUAUUUGAGGUUUGGUUUGGAAAAGCUGAGAACUACUGCUGUCUUUUGGUAAAUGACAAAUGCAAAGCAGACAGACAACUGGUGCACCUGAGGUCACAGGAGGCUUUAGUCACCUUCUCAGGUCAGCACUUGAAAGCUGCAUUCUCUGCAUGUUAGUGAUGUUUGUUUUUCUCUUGCUGAGUCAGAGACUGUUUAAAACUCAUCACACAGACAGAUUUCUGCCCUCACACCGACCCAUUAGACUGGAACAGUAAACCAGUGGGGUUUUUUAAGUGGAAAUCUCGACUUUCACUCUGAAAACACCACUCAAACUCACCCCAAGUCUUAUUAUAGAAGAAUGCCUUUAAAUUAGUAUAGUAAGUUCUGGAGUAGUACCUGUUGUGAUAAAUAUCAGCUCUGCAAGUGAUCAAAACUGAUUUGAUAAGAAAAGCCGUGGUCUUUCUUCCAUGAGCUUGUCCCUGCUGUUAACAUUUAAUCUAAGAUACCUGCUCUUGUACUCUGUCUGCAUUUAGACGACAAUUUAAUGAGCAAAAGACCCCAAAUGAGCUUUGAAUUUUCUCAAUAAAGAUUCUGGUGUGUUCUGUGUAA